AUGUUGUCAAUAUUUUGGGCUGUAUUGUCAAUUGGUAUUGUUUUGAGUAUUCUAUCCACUCAAUCAAGCUCGCUGGCUGCUGCCGCCACAGGAGGCCCUUUAGGUGCUCCAGCCGGAAACCCUCCUGGGACGAUACCAGCAGGCAGCGAUCCUUCAGACAAUGGGACUACUAGCACGGAUAAUUCUCAAGAAGGAUAUCAGCCCGAGGUGCAAGCGUUGGAUACGAUCCUGGCGAUAGCUUGCGUGGUGCUGACGAUAACCACAUACGCUGUGCUAAUAGGGCCCGGUACACGGCUGUUAAGUACCUGCAAGCUCCCGCUCAGCAUCAUUGAAGAGAAUCUCGGUAAUCUGCUAUCCAGGUCCUGGCCUGACAAUAGCGACUCAACAGACUCAACGGACCCUCCAGGAGCAAACAGCUCGUCAGACGCCAUCAGACUCAUGUACACCGGGGAGAUCGAUGGUGAACAACAACGAGCUGCUCGAGGCCUUAAGCAAUGCGAAGCUACGCUCGACGAGAGAAUAUCAACGCCGCCAAUGUGGCUGACAACGGGAUCGUCACUCACCAAAAGCAUCGUUCAAUUGGCUGUCUGGGAGUGGGUAUGUGCUUGGGCAGCGCUGUCGAUGACCAUCUCAACCUUGGCGUUCAAUGGAUUUUUCAACAGUGACAAAGGCCCGGACAGCUAUCCUCGACUAGUUGUUGUUGCGAUCUACGCAGUGGCAUUUUUUUUGCAUUUCUGGUAUGUCUACAGAACAUUUCAGGGGUUUUUUACGCUUGUGAUUGCGGGAUCAAGCUGGAGCCUUCUCAACAAAGCAUCGUUUGCAUCAGUGGAAUUCGCCCAGUUCAAAGCUCGACUAAACGAUGAUCCAACAUCUCCUUUAUUCAGAGAGUUGGGCAAAGCGGCAGCAAGUACUACAUAUUCAGUUUGCCCAGCGACUCUUCUCCAAGAUGUUGGUGUAGUGCCAGUCUCAGACAAGGAAACUUUGACCGAUUCUCAGAUGAGCGAAGCUCGAACUGUGGGAGAUUGGCAGAAAAGAGAUAUCACAAGCACGGUCGAGUCGGGGAGAUCGGCACUCGAUGGAAUCGUCGCAAAUGUUAUGACCAUGGUUGGGAUUGUGAUUACCACAGGCUUUUCCGUCUGGACAACAAGGCCGACCAGUGGGACGGUUAGCUCUCAACUUGGCUCUCUUGCGCUUCUAGCAUCUCUGACGAUAGGAGCCGCGGCCAUGUUCAGCAGCGCGAUCGAUCUGAGCGUGAUGUUGGAUUCCUUCCGAAACGUUUUGUUCCUAAAGGAAGUCAUGCUCAAUGGAGAGGCUUCGGGUCAUGUGCAAAAGCGGGCAUCGCGCAAGAAAAUUCUCGGAUUUACGCAUAAAACAGUGACCCCGAGGCCACUUAGGAUCAAGGAUUUAUGCACGUUUACGAGCGUCUGGUCAUUGAUCGUCUUUGGUCCGGCCUAUGCUCUCCUUCCCAGCAUUUCAGAUCACGAGAGACAAUCCGCUGGGGCCCAAUUCGAGCUUACGAUUAGAGUGAGAGGUAAAAAGGUGGUGUUUUCGACUGAGUCUACCAACAGACACAACAGGAAGCCGGACGGAAGCAAUGUUGGAGCCAUCAAUGUGUGCUACCAAGCGACACCGUCAGUCCAAGCCGUACAAGUAAAAGAAUCUGCCUAA